AUGGCCGCGCCACAUGGCAGUCUUGACUAUCGGGUGGGAAUCCUAUAUUUUUUACGUUAUGCAUUUGGUGAUGCGGCUCCAGAUGUCACGAGACCAUGCCCUUGCUGCAAAUGCAUAAACUCAUUAAGUCAUGAUCGUGAGACAGUACACGAACAUCUGAUGAUAAAUGGUAUCUUACAAGAUUAUCGCAUCUGGAAUUUUCAUGGAGAAAAACUAAUUGCACAAGAUCAUGAUAACAAAGAACUUCAUGAUUCGGUGCAACAAGUUUCUGAAGUAACUAGCCAUGAACCCAUGGUACAAGAAAUGUUGCAUGAUGCAUUUGGAAUGCAUGAAGGAUCUUCAAGUAAUGAAAAUUAUAUUGGAGCAUCAACGAGUCAUACACCAAUGAAUUCUAGUGUGAAAGAUUUCUAUCAACUAAUAGAGGAAGGGAAACAACAGCUAUAUACUGGAUGCACAGAGUUUUCUAAAUUGUCAUUCCUUGUUGAGUUAUUUCAAUUGAAAGUGAAUGGAAAAUGGAGUGAUAAAUCAUUUACAGCAUUGUUGGACUUCCUUCGUCGAGUACUUCCAUUUGAAGCUCAAGUGCCUAAGUCAUUUUAUGAAGCAAAGAAAUUAAUUUCUAGUCUAGGACUUCAUUAUGAAAAAAUACACGCUUGUCCAAAUGAUUGCAUGAUUUAUUGGGGGGAAAGUGAGAAUGAACAGGUUUGCAAAGUGUGUAACCUUUCAAGAUGGAAAAAUUUACAGAAAUCAUCAAGGAGAUCAUAUAAAGGUGGGAAAAACCGUCUCGAGGUUAAAAUUCCAGCCAAAGUCUUUUGGUAUUUUCCAUUAAAACCAAGAUUGCAACGGUUAUUCAUGUCAUCCAAGACGUUUGAAAAUAUGCAGUGGCAUUUCAAAAAACGUGUUUCGGAUGGAAAUCUAAGGCAUCCAGCUGAUUCUCGAGCAUGGAAGGAAUUUGAUGAUCGUCAUUAUGAAUUUGCAUCUGAUCCUAGAAACGUAAGCUUGGGACUCGCUGCUGAUGGGUUUAAUCCAUUUAAAAAUCAAAGCACUUCACAUAGUACUUGGCCUAUUGUCCUGAUGCCUUACAAUUUGCCACCUUGGGAAUGCAUGAAGCCUUAUUCUAUUAUUUUAUCCACCCUUAUUCCAGGUCCAAAAGCACCUGGAAAUGAUAUCGAUAUAUAUUUGUGCCCUUUAUUGACUGAAUUGAAAGAUUUAUGGGAAAAUGGGAUUGCCACAUUUGAUGCUUGUGACAAAAAAAUGUUUCAACUGCGAGCUGCAUUACUUUGGACAGUCAGUGAUUUUCCUGGUUUAGGUUGUUUGUCUGGAUGGAAUACAUAUGCUAAGAAUGCAUGUCCAACUUGUGCUGAUAAUACAGAUGCAGUGUAUCUAAAACAUGGCAAAAAGUGGUCAUUCAGAGGGCAUCGUCGUUUUCUACCACCAGAUUCAGAACUGCGAACAAUGUCAAGUUAUGGAAAACUAGAGCAACGUGAGUUGAAUUUGGCGCCAUUGUCAGGAUCUAACGUUCUACGAUUGACCUUAAAUAAGAAUGUGAUUUUUGGUAAGAGUAAUGCAUCAAAACCAAAUGUGAGAAUAAAAACAGGAUCAAUUGAACAAAUGUGGAGAAAACAAAGCAUAUUUUUUAGCCUUCCAUACUGGGAAUUUAAUUUGAUCCGACAUAAUUUGGACCCUAUGCAUAUUGAAAAAAAUGUGUGCGACAACAUUGUUGGAACACUUUUAGAUGAUUCAAACAAGAGCAAAGAUAAUUAUGCAGCACGUAGAGAUUUAAAGAAUUUGGGUAUUAUGAAACAAUUAUGGCCCCGGACACAAUCAGAUGGUAGAGAGUAUUUGCCACCUGCAUGUUACUGUAUGUCUAAAGAUGAAAAAAAGAUAUUUUGUUCUGUAUUGAAAGAUAUUCGUGUUCCUGAUGAUGGUAACAGCUCAUUAAACAAUCCUGGAACACGACAUAAAGAGACACCAGAUGAUGAGUUUCCCACACUACCGAUGUUUCCACAUGUAGGGCGACCAACAAAAGGGCUUCAAGUAGUUACCUUGGAUGACAAAACUCUAGCUCAAGCUCAUAGAUAUAUUCUCUCUAAUUGUACAGUGUUGCAACCAUAUCGUGAUGAAAUAAAAAAUGAACUGAAGAGAAGACAUAGAUAUGGCCAACGCCCAAGUAAUUCUCAGUUGGAUGACAUGGUUAGAAUGCAAUUUCCAGAAUGUUAUAUGUGUACCUUACAAGUUGAUCGAGUAAAUGAACGAAUCGAUGACUUAGAUCUUAGGGUGCUUUCGCGUGGUCCAAAUCCAGUAGCAUUUAGUUAUCAUGGGUUCAACAUAAAUGGGUUUGCAUUUCGCACGGUGGAAUCUGAAAAAAACAAAAAGGUGCAGAAUAGCGGAGUUAUGGUGCAGGCGAUGCAUGAUAAUGAUGAUCAUGAGUCAAUCUAUUAUAGUCGACUAACUGAUAUCAUCUCACUUGAUUAUGGUGGUCGUGGACGAAUUGUUCUUUUUCGAUGCGAUUGGGUUAACACUGCUACAGGUUUCAAAAUUGAUCCAUUUGGAUUUUCAAUGCUAAAUUUUUCACGCUUGAUACAUACAGGAGAAUGUGAGGAACAUGAACCUUUUAUUUUGGCUACGCAAGCUCAAAUGGUUUAUUAUGUUCGUGAUCCAAAGGAGGAGGAUUGGUACCGUGCCAUUCGUCACACACCAAGAGAUACAUACAACAUGGGCAAUGAAGAUGAUAUGGAUAUGAUGCAUUUUAUUCAUAAUAAUUUUUCUAAUAUGGAAUCGAUAUUAGGUGAUGUAAAUAGAGUUGAUGUUGAAUUAAUUAGAACUGAUGUAGAGGGCUCAAUAGUUGAUGUUCUUCCAGUUGUGAACAAUGAAACAGAUGAUAAAAGCUUUAGCUGA